CACAGAAACAACAUUCAAACAUGGUUUUUGUACGACGAGGCUUUCGCACAAUCGGAUUACAAUGAUCUUCGGCCUUCACCAACGAGAAACCGAACCACUCUGAUACAAGCAUACAUACAUGCAACACUUUUCUAUUACGGUGGAACUUGACGAGCUCUAUCUUCCACCUCUCCUCAAGCUCCAACUUCUCUGUUAGAAUACAGAAUAGCCUAGAACAAUAUCCUAGAACAUUGCGAUGAUGCUAACGUCCCGUCAAAAAAUACGAAACUGGUUCAUCGUAGUAUCUUUAGUGACGAAAGAAGCAAAGAUAGCAGCAGUCGGCGCAUCGUCACUGGUUGGCUCUGCUUCUCCGAAUCGCCGACACUCACUACGCACAAACAUGUGGGCCGAUGAAGAUGGCAAAAUCUCCGGCCAGCAGCAACCCGAGCGUUCUCUUCAGGCAUACACAAACAUGACGGCUCAAUACGAAGACGGACCUGCCGUGAAUCAAGAUCGCGAAGUCGAUUUCGAGUAUUGCUAUGGGGCCUUGCAACGCGCCGAUUCUAACAACGAUGGCCGUCUCGAAACAGCCGAUUAUUUAUCUUUUGUUCAGGACUAUGGAUCAAAUGCUGAGUGCUUGGGUAAUAUCAUGUCGUUGCCUGUCAUGCCAAUUGAACUAACGGCGUGCUGGAAUCAACUGAGCUGUGAGUGCCGAAAUCGCGGUGGUGCACCGGAYUGUUGCGAGAAAGAAAACGCCCAUUUGCCUCUGAAUGGAGUCAACGCUGUAGAUCCAGCACCCUCUGGACAGACARCACAGCAACCGCCAAAAGAAGAAUAUAUCCAAACGGAACAAGAUUUUUUGAGGCAGGCGUGUGUAAGGACGGACCAGUGCAUCAUUUCAUUUUGCGGAUACCCCCCUCCACCCUUGCCAAUUCCGCCGCCGGUCCCACCAACUCCUCCACCGAYAAUUCCUCCUGUACCAGUUGAGAAAAAUCUUGAAGUGGAGACCAAUUAUUUGUGGUUGCUAUUCUUGCUACUUCUGCUUUGCUGCUGCCGCAGGCGCUGGAUAUUAUGUCCUGUUGCAAAAGAUGACGACGAGGAAAACCAAGAGCGUGCUCCCGAUGAUCCAGCUGCCAUGGGUAGCCUUCCCGCGGAUAUCGAAAAYAGGCCAGAUGGUUUCGAAGGGGACUACAACGACCCUGAUGCCAAUAAGAUGAGCAUGAAAUCAACGGCUGCUACUGAAGUUGGCGAAGGGGGAGGUAUUCGGUACUACAGAGUGGUACAAGAACCGGAAUACGAAGAACCUCCUCCACCUCCYGAGCCGAAGAUUCUCGACCAAUACGAUAAAGGAGUGCCAGAAGGUGAUGGAAUGAAACUAAAACACAUCGAAAARGAYGGGCCUCCUCCCCCCGAAGAUGAUCCAUACGCAUUGGAACAUUAYGAACCCGAUGGUGGUGUAGUGGAACACAAACGAAAAGGCAAAUGGUCCUUUUUAGCUGGCGGGGGCUACAAKAAGGAAGAACGAGCCAAGAAAGAAAAAUCAGAUUGGAAACGCCCCGGKUACAAUCGAGCUGCGAAGRAAGAAGAAGAUGAUCCGGACAAUCGUCGUGAUCGAAACCUAAAUAAGUACGAAGGAGGUGCCAUAUUUGACCACCUGGACGAAACCGACGAGCCAGCUAAACGGGGUGCCGGAAACUCCCUUGAGUGGGUAUUUUCGAAUACACUCAACACCCUCGAAAACAACGAAGAUGAUCUCCGAUCAAAUCCWUCGAGUUCGUCCCAGAGAUCAUAACUUUGAAUCAAGAUGAAACCGUUCUUUCAGGCAAAGCAAGUUGUUCGRUUGAUGGGAWAUGACUGGAGUUAACGUAAGGCGACGAUUACGUGGGGAAAUUGACCAAGCACGAAUGAAGAAACCCACGGAAGCCACGAAGAAUCAACUGGGAACGAAGAAAGCUCGACGCUUCGUUCUGAAUAUUCUUCGUCAUUCAUGUAUAGAAAUGUAUUUUUAUCUGCGGUAGCGCCCUAUUAAGGUGUUGUCCUAACUCCACGCAGGAGGCUCAGCUCAGACUCAUCUGKCCUUUCCUUCUCUUCAGAGUUUAAAUUAGAUAUAUUGCCCUAUUUGAUUAYAAUAUAUAUCGUCGUUCCCAGAUCGAAGUACGUACUCUUCCGACUCGAGAAGAAGCACUAUUUAGAUGAAGAGUGAGGUGAGCGAUUGAUAGGUAUGCUAAUAGAAAGARUUUCAACCA